GCGCUCCCCGCUGGCCGCGGCUCCCUCGCGCUCUCCCCGUCUCCUGGCCGCUCUCCGCCAAACGAUGCGAGCUCUGGGCCCCGGCGACGCCGCCUCCCGCUAGAGAUCUGCCCCCCCCCCCGCCCGACCCUCUUCCCAGCCUUGCCCCGCGCGCGGGGGUCGGAGAAGGCGCCGCGGACGCACCGACGGCCGAGGAGCGGCGGUGCACAUGCACUAGCGGCACCCCCUAACUCACUCCCUCCACACCCCGCGCCGCCGCCGCCUCCACCUUCUCCGCCUCCGCCUCCUCCUCCUCCGCCUCCGGCAGCCGCGGCAGAAGGACCCACCCUGCCCCCCACCCCACCCUCCGCCGGCUCCGGCUGCGGAUCCAGCCUCGACUCCUAUUUUAUUUAUUUUGGGUCGUGCACUAGCCUCAGUGCCUGCAGCCCGCGCCUCCCGGGCCCGCGGGCGCCUCCUCCCUCGGCUCCGGAGCCCCAAACCCCGGCCACCCUCACCUCGACACCCCCAGACCCCGACCAGCUGCCGCUUGUCUUCGCCGCUGGAAUCUUGAUAGAGGCUGUCUUUUUUGGGGGGUUCUGGUCUUUCAACAAUUUUGUUCCCAGCCAAGGAGAGGAUAUCGUGAUUUUCUCCCCUUUGAGCCCAGGCUCUGCUCUUUGGGGGGGUGGGGGGCGCGCCGACCCGGGGAGUCGUGCCAGCCGAGUCGUGCGGGCUGUGGCAGGGAAGGGGCCACCAUGGGAUGUACUCUGAGCGCAGAGGAGAGAGCCGCCCUCGAGCGGAGCAAGGCGAUUGAGAAAAACCUCAAAGAAGAUGGCAUCAGCGCCGCCAAAGACGUGAAAUUACUCCUGCUGGGGGCUGGAGAAUCAGGAAAAAGCACCAUUGUGAAGCAAAUGAAGAUCAUUCAUGAAGACGGCUUCUCUGGAGAAGAUGUAAAACAGUACAAGCCUGUUGUCUACAGCAACACCAUCCAGUCUCUGGCAGCCAUUGUCCGGGCCAUGGAUACUUUGGGCGUGGAGUAUGGUGAUAAGGAGAGAAAGGCGGAUUCCAAGAUGGUGUGUGAUGUGGUGAGCCGUAUGGAAGACACUGAACCCUUCUCUGCAGAACUGCUUUCUGCUAUGAUGCGACUCUGGGGUGACUCAGGGAUCCAGGAGUGCUUCAACCGAUCUCGGGAGUAUCAGCUCAACGAUUCUGCCAAAUACUACCUGGACAGCCUGGAUCGGAUUGGAGCCGCUGACUACCAGCCCACUGAGCAGGACAUCCUCCGAACCAGGGUCAAAACCACCGGCAUCGUAGAAACCCACUUCACAUUCAAGAACCUCCACUUCAGGCUGUUUGACGUUGGGGGCCAGCGAUCUGAACGCAAGAAGUGGAUCCACUGCUUUGAGGAUGUCACGGCCAUCAUCUUCUGUGUCGCACUCAGCGGCUAUGACCAGGUGCUCCACGAGGACGAAACCACGAACCGCAUGCAUGAAUCCCUGAAGCUUUUUGACAGCAUUUGCAACAACAAGUGGUUCACAGACACAUCCAUCAUCCUGUUUCUCAACAAGAAGGACAUAUUUGAGGAGAAGAUCACGAAGUCCCCAUUGACCAUCUGCUUCCCUGAAUACACAGGCCCCAGUGCCUUCACAGAAGCUGUGGCUCACAUCCAGGGGCAGUAUGAGAGUAAGAAUAAAUCAGCUCACAAGGAAAUCUACACCCAUGUCACCUGUGCCACGGACACCAACAACAUCCAGUUUGUCUUUGAUGCUGUGACGGACGUCAUCAUCGCCAAAAAUCUGAGGGGCUGUGGACUCUACUGAGCCCUGGCCUCCUGCCCAGCCUGCUGCUCACUUCUCCCCUGGAUCCAGAGCUCUGCCACCGCUAGGAUGCUCUGUGCACUGAAGAAAAUCCCAGAGGCUGUCCCUGGGGGAGGAGGCAGCAUCCUUUGAGCAUCCCCACCCUACCCUACUCUGACUGCAUGACACAUGGGAACAGGGUUGGGCAGAGGUGUGGAGCACCACACACAAGGCCAGGAAAUACUGCCCACCACCUGGAUGUUGCUCGCCGGCCAACCAAGUCUCUUAAGUGUUUUACUCCGAGCCUGAGUGAGCUACGCUGCCCUCUGGUUCAGAAUGGUCAUGUGCUGUAUCUGUGUCUCCUUUUCACCUAGGUGAUAGGGUGGCUUGCAGGAUGGCCCUAUGACAGGUGCUGGCUGAUUAGGGGAUAGUAGAUGCCGUCUCUCAGCUUUCCUUAGGGUCUGUUUGGUAGAGGGCAGUUCUGUUACCAAACAUCAACAUAUAAUCAGGCCACUUUUAGGGUGCAAAGAUUCAGAUGUUGGGGAGGGCUUCCCUCCUCAUUCACCUUGGAUCUUGGCCCUUCUCUGCCAUCUUCCCUUGCCCCUGGACUCUUCAGAACCUGGGAUUAUUCCUUAAGACUGGCCAACUACGAAAGAGCCUCGGUGGGGAAACAAGACCUGUGCCCAGAAGUUUGGGUGGGGAGGAAAGAUGAGGGGGAAGGCAGCUCUUCCUUGCACAGGUUGAUUUAAGUCCUGAAAGACCCAUCUGCUGGUUCUGCUCAGACAGGCUCAGCUGCCCUUUUCUUCAAGUCACAGCCAGAGUAGGCACGCUUGGGACUGGAAGCUCUUCAGGCAAGCACAGGAGACUGAGCCCUGAAGCCAAUGCCUUGCUUUACUCCACCGUGGUGAAGAAGGCAGGAAACCCUUGGUAUAGUCCUGCUCUCAGGGUAGAAAGCAAGCGAUGAGCCUACAGUGCCCUGGAGUGUGAGCUUAGGAGGAGUACAAACCAACUCAGACAUACACCCUGCCCCCUGGGGGGAAGAGCCCGAGGAGCCCAGGGAGGGACUUUACUGCAGAAGUUCCUAAGAAAAGGGGAGGAAUUGUUUUGGCAGCCCUCGCCUUGGCUGACUUUGGACAGUCAGAACAUUUUCCUGUCAUUCCUUGACAUCUCCUAUCAGCUGCUACCAUGGCCAGUGGUUGAGACAGGCUUGUGUGCUCAUGGCACUGGCUGUACCUGGAGGUGCCAAUGUGUCCACAGAGCAGUGAGGAAAGGUCUAACCUAGAAGGGUCUCUGCCUUCCUCAAGCCCUGUGUUCUCCUGACCUCCACUCUGAACAGUGCUCAGCCCCAGGCCAGGCAGGACCCUGGCUCUCUUUCCCAGUCCCCCUGGCCAUGCCAUCAGCUCUGGGCUUGUUGGUUCCAACAAGAACAGAACUCUGGUGGUCCAGGGGACCUUCCCCAGUGCCAAAUGCUUGCAGGGGUGAUCCUCUAGGAAGCACACCCCAGUUUGACUGCCUUGCCACUCCCCCUCAACCCACAUUGUGCACACCGCCGUCGUUUGAGAACCUUGUGCCGGGAACUGGAAGAUGGCAGAGAACAGAUUCCUGGAGCCCACAGUCUCAGUGACCUGAUGUGGUGCCUAAGGCCGAUUAAGUCAUUGGCUCCACUGUGGGUGACCACCUGUGUCCCCAGACUGUAAUUCCAAAUUUAAAAACACCUGCAAUCAAGGGAUUUUGGUCAAGCCCCAUCUUUUAAGACCACUUCCGGGGAGGUAGAAGUCACCAUUCCUAUAACCACACAGUUCCCACUUCCCGAGCAACCCCUUCAGAUCAUUGCAGUGCAGUAGCCAGAGCCCUCAGCGGGGCCAGGGCCGGCCUAGACUCCCCACUCCUGUUUGUGUCUUGCUCUGCUCUUGGGCCUCCCACUCCAGGCAUUCCAGAGAGGGCGGUCUUAGGCCAUCUACUGUAGGCCCUCAAGAACAUGGUCCACAGGGAAAAGUGUCCACCUCCCUUCUGUGUCAUCACCAGUGGCUCUACCAUGGGGGGAAAAUGUGGAUAAGAGAUGAGGCUUGGCUCCGUCGUCGUACUGGGUGCGGGGGAAGCGUUGUAAGUGGCCAGACCAGGGCAAUGUCUCUUAUGUGUAGUGGCCAUGUCAGGGAUCGUCCUGCAGUUUCUGAAUGCUCUCACUCAGCAGGCCAGGAGCCAGUUCCCAGGAAGAGUGCCUUCACCACAUUCGUGGAACCAUGCCUCUUGCCUAGACGCCCAUGGGCCAGUCCUGAGCCUGUAUCCGUGACCAUUCCAAGAAUCUUCCCUUUAAACAUGGGUAGAGCCCCCCCCCCAAGUCUUUGGUCUGAGUUGCGGAGGGUGCUGUAUUGAACUCUGGUUUGGAGAUGAAGAUAGACUCCUCCCAGUCUAAGCCACUCCCCAGUAGCUCUGGCCUUAAGCCUCCCGUGAUCCCUUCUGUAGAGUCCCUAGAUCCCGGUGCCCUGUCCUUUCGGAUCCUCUUGGACCAGGCAAAAGCCCUCCAUCGUCUCGGCCUCCUAGCCCAGGCCCAUACCUGCUGUUAGGAACUGAAGGCACCUGACCUGUGUGGACUGCACUGAUUAUCACUGAGUGUCCUGAACCCCACAACCUAGCUAUCCACAGGCUUCUGCAGAAAGUACUGCUGCAACCGAUGUGCCCAUGGUUCCCCGACACUGCAUGCUACAGCCGUUACCCUGAGGGCAGGCUUCUCUCUCUUCCUGACCCCCUCCCCUUCUCCAUCUGACCCAGCCUCUUGACAAGGAAACCUACCACACACAGGAGAGACUCAUGAAGCCUCCAGAUCUCAUCCCGCCCUCACCCAGUCGUAGCCUGCCACCCUCUUCUGAGGAUUCUGAAGGUGCAGGGAAUCUUCUAGCUGAUAAGCUUCAGGGCCAGCCCCACAGCUCUUGAUGGAGAUUCAAUCUGGACAACUGGAGGCAAGAUCCUUCCUGACAGGAUCAACAGGCUACAAGCUAGAAAAAGAAAGGCCCAGCGUCUCGAAGAACAGGACCCAGAGUGUAAGCAGGCCUCCCCCAAACCCCACCCCUCGGUAAGAAGAGCCUUAUGCACACCUGCUUAGAGAGUGGGGUUGGCCUUAGAGACCAUGCCAGAUGAUGGCCGUGUCAAGGCAGGAACCGGUGGAAGGAAACAGAAAUAAUGGCCUUUAUCCACAGUCCUGAGCCCACUAGUGGGAGCAGACUACCCUGUGAAGGGCAGCUUUCUUCUCUUCCCCAGGCACGAAAGGCCACCAGCAGAUACACUGCUCCUCCCAGCAGCUCUCUGCCCACUCCCUGCUCCCCUUUAGCUUCCUGCACCAACCACAGCUGCCUGCCCUGCGUGGGCAGCAGCCCCCCACUUCCCCGUCUUCUCCCUGACUUCUGACUUGGCCCAUGUGGCCUAUGCGCACUUUCCAGUCCCAGGCCACAGGCCGGGUACCCUCUUUUCCCCUUAGCAGAGCCUUAGGUGCAGUGGCCCCACCUCCUGACCCAUUGCCAUCACCUACCCUCAUUAACUGUCAUUUUGUAAGAAGAGUGGCUUGCUGAUUUAAUAAAUACCUAGUUACUGUAAUAAUUUAUUGGCUGCCAUAAUGUAUUUAUUAGUCACCCACCAUUAAUAAAAAGUGCCAGCUCUUUCUA